AUGGCCAAAUCGAAGACCUCGAAGGGCGGUAACCCAUCAGUACCCCACAAACAUCUUCACUCAAGACUCUCUUAUCUUCACCAAGCAGCGACCUUUUUGGCGACUGCCGAACAGGCUCAUAUGCUUAACGAAGGCCACGAAACCCGAUUCUCGUCUGAUCAAGUGGCUAGUGGACUACGGGCGGACAACAGACACGGCAGCGAGACGAUUCGGCUUCUGAGUAACCUGCGGGGAGUGUCCAGGAAGACGCAAAUCCGGCUUGCUCCCAGAGUUAAACACACAAUGUGUAAGCGAUGCGACGCGUUACUCAUCCCUGGAAAGUCUAGUAACAAGGCUAUCGUGAAUCCCAGCAAGAAUGGCGCUAAAUCAUGGGCCGACCUGUUUGAAGUUCAGUGUAAUCAAUGUGGAACCAUCAAACGCUUUCCAGUAGGAGCAAUGAAUCAGAAGGAGCCCGGCAGCAAGCAUCAAGCAGAAUGGGAACCACAGCGUGAUCCAUUAUAA